AUGGACAAGGACAUCGUCGAGCGCGUCGUGUCCGAAAUUCUGGAAACCCCCGCGACGAUCGCGUGGGACGACAUCGCCGGGUUGAAGCACGCCAAGGCGGCGGUGCAAGAGCUCGCGGUGUGGCCGCUCAUGAAACCCGAGCUGUUUCGCGGCGCGCGCGCGGUGCCGAGAGGCCUCUUACUCUUCGGUCCUCCCGGCACCGGCAAGACGCUCAUCGGCCGCGCGGUGGCGUCGCAGUGCGGCGCGACGUUUUUCAGCAUAUCCGCGUCGUCGCUGACGUCGAAGUGGAUCGGCGAGGGCGAGAAGAUGGUCCGAGCGCUGUUCGCCGUCGCCGCCGCGUGCGAGCCCGCGGUGAUCUUCGUCGACGAGAUCGACUCGCUUCUCAGCGCGCGUAAAUCCGAGGGCGAGCACGAGAGCUCGCGGCGGAUGAAGACGGAAUUUUUAGUGCAGAUGGACGGCCUCGGCGGCGACGAGGGAAGACUGCUUCUCAUCGGCGCGACGAACCGCCCGCAGGAGCUCGACGACGGCGCGCGAAGACGCUUGGCGAAGCAGCUGUACAUUCCGCUGCCGUGCGAGGACGCGCGGCGCGCGAUCGUCGAGAACAUCCUCGGCGCGGACGCGAGCGUCCGACACUCUCUGUCCGACAGCGAUCUGGACGUGAUCACGAAGAAGACGGACGGGUACUCCGGGAGCGACAUGCGGCAUCUCGUGCAGGAGGCUGCGCGCGCGCCGCUCAGGGAACUGUUCAGCGCGAGCGGCGGCGGCGGCGGCGGCGGCGGCGGCGGCGGCGGCGGCGCAGCGGGGGACGUCCUGUCCCCGACCGCGAUGCGACCGAUCCAGCUCGUCGACUUCAAGCGCGCGGCGAAGCAGGUGCGUCCGAGCGUCACGAAGGCGGACAUCGACUUUCACGAGGAGUGGAACCGGAAGCACGGCGCGAUGAGUGGGACGGGGGACGACGACGACGACGACGACGACGACUGGUGA